AGAGGCCGGCGUCUUUCCCCCAGUUUGCCGUCCACACCAAGCGUUCGGGACUUGCCGAUAGCUGUGACGGCGGCAACAUGUCUGUGGCGUUCGCAGCCCCGAGGCAGCGAGGCAAGGGAGAGAUCACGCCCGCUGCGAUUCAGAAGAUGUUGGAUGAAAAUAACCAUCUUAUUCAGUGUAUAAUGGACUAUCAGAAUAAAGGAAAGGCCUCAGAGUGUUCUCAGUAUCAGCAGAUGUUGCAUACAAACUUGGUAUACCUUGCUACAAUAGCAGAUUCUAAUCAAAAUAUGCAGUCUCUUUUACCAGCACCACCCACACAGAAUAUGCCUAUGGGUCCUGGAGGGAUGAAUCAGAGCGGCCCUCCCCCACCUCCACGCCCUCACAACAUGCCUUCAGAUGGAAUGGUAGGUGGGGGUCCUCCUGCACCACACAUGCAGAACCAGAUGAACGGCCAGAUGCCUGGGCCUAACCAUAUGCCUAUGCAGGGACCUGGACCCAAUCAACUCAAUAUGACAAACAGUUCCAUGAAUAUGCCUUCAAGUAGCCAUGGAUCCAUGGGAGGUUACAACCAUUCUGUGCCAUCAUCACAGAGCAUGCCAGUACAGAAUCAGAUGACAAUGAGUCAAGGUCAACCAAUGGGAAACUAUGGCCCCAGACCAAAUAUGAACAUGCAACCAAACCAAGGUCCAAUGAUGCAUCAGCAGCCUCCUUCUCAGCAGUACAAUAUGCCACAGGGAGGUGGGCAACAUUACCAAGGACAGCAGCCACCCAUGGGAAUGAUGGGUCAAGUUAACCAAGGCAAUCAUAUGAUGGGUCAGAGACAGAUUCCUCCCUAUAGACCACCUCAGCAGGGCCCACCACAGCAGUACUCAGGCCAGGAAGACUAUUAUGGGGACCAAUACAGUCAUGGUGGACAAGGUCCUCCAGAAGGCAUGAACCAGCAAUAUUACCCUGAUGGAAAUUCACAAUAUGGCCAACAACAAGAUGCUUACCAAGGACCACCUCCACAACAAGGAUAUCCACCCCAGCAACAGCAGUACCCAGGGCAGCAGGGCUACCCAGGACAGCAACAGGGCUACGGUCCUUCUCAGGGCGGUCCAGGUCCUCAGUAUCCUAACUAUCCACAGGGACAAGGGCAGCAGUAUGGGGGUUAUAGACCAACACAGCCUGGACCACCACAGCCACCCCAGCAGAGGCCUUAUGGAUAUGAUCAGGGACAGUAUGGAAAUUACCAGCAGUAAAAAAGUACUUACAUUCCAAUAGCCAGUAUCUAUUAGCAGCCAUAUUGUCACCUCAGCACUGUGGACAACUCCUUGUGAAGAAAUCCUUCCAUUCCAUCUAGUUUUUGGGAAAACCUUGUGGAUAAGUGGCUGUUUCAUCAGUAAGCAGCCUUUGUGGUUUAGUUUUAAAAGGCUUUAGUAGCUCAGAAAUACUCCUGAUUUCACAUUUCUACUCUAGAUGGCAACAUUGGACAGAAAAUGCAAUUACAUAACCAAUUUGUAGUGAUUUUGGAACUGUGUUUCAAAUGGACUGUUACAGACUGAAAGGUGUGAACAGCUUUGUAUGUUUAUGAAGGUUAAGGGAAUUUAAUACUUUUCCACAGAUUCUUUUGUAAGGGGAAGAGGGAAUGUACACUUUUUACAGCAGCAAUAUUUUGUAUAUUAUGUUUAUUUCAUGUGGUGAAUAUGCAAGGCGGUACACUACGCACUGGACAGAAUCAGAAAUCCUCUGUUAAUGUGGACUGGAAUGUGAUAGAUGCUUGAUUGUUUUGUUCUCAAAAUGGUGUACUAUGAAGAUAAAGGUGAGGGAGAAGACAAAGCAUGCCAUAUGUCCACUAUCAUUUUCUUAUAGAGGGAAUUCAAAUCCCUUUUAUCUAUCAGAUAAUCAAGGGUACUUGAUACAGCUUUUGAGUAAAAAGACUUUUUUUUUUUUUUUUUUUUUUUUUAGCAAAACCCUCCAGUUUUGUGGAUUAAAACCUUUUUAUAAAGAUCAUUUAUAAUACUGUUUUAAAAUGUGAGGCAAUAAGAAUUACUUUAUGUUGGAUCUGAGGAAUGUUUGGUAACAGUUUUAUGUAAAUGAAGUGAUAAUCCUCUUAAAAUAGCAAUAACUGAACAUGAAAGCGUUAAUUUUACCUUGUUUGAAUAAUCAGGGAACUUAAUAAGUAAUGUCAACACAUUUUAUAAAUGAACCACAGAAUAGUCAACAUUGAUCCAGUAAUUUUAUUUUUUAACAUUAGAAGAAUAAUUGUUUUAUAUAACAAAAUAGUUUGGGAGACUUUACAUACCUUGAUUUCAACUUUCUGAACUGGAAAUAAUGCCAUUUAUAAAGAGAUGCUUUUAUGUUUUUCCCUUUUUAUGUUGGUUAAUAUACAGGUGAUUAGGAAAAUGCUUACUGAUGAGGUUUAUUCUGAUCUGUAUUGAAAGCAUGAAGGUUUCAUUUUAGAUCUCCUUGUUUGUGAGCAUGGCAUAUUUAAUCAUUAUUUGAGACUGGCCUGUGCCUGAUUGUAUUAACUAAAUUUGGGGAUACUGCACUGGGCAGGAAAGUAUGCACUGAGAAUUUUCUAACCCCAGUUAUUUAAGCAUAAUCUGAAAACAUCUGGCCCAAAGGUAAGUUGCUAUUUUCAUCACAGUUGGCUGUGCCCAGGGAAUAAGAUGUAUUCUUUAUAAUUGAAUUGGUUUUUCUCACUUCUAACUGGAAACAAAACAGAAGGGGUGCCAUAAAUUUGAAUAAGAGAACAUACUAUAUGAGAGAGAGAGAGAGAGGAGAAUAUGAGUGUUUUAAGGUCAGAAUAGAUUUUUUUCAACGUCGUCAGUAGAAAAUGGACAUCAAGUUUUGGACAGAUAAAGCCUUAUUGUGAUUGAAAUGCUUAUAGAUUCUGUGCCAAUUUUCCACCACUGUGUACUUUGUUGCUAUUUAAAACUGUAUCAACUCUAA